CUCUCUUCCUGCGCAGUUCUUCGCAGCCUCCGCGGGGAAGUGCCGGGGCAGCUCCCUGGGCUCAGUUGGCAGGACUGCGGGAAGGCAGCCCCGGCCAGCGGCCGUGCGCACCGUCUGGAGUGAGCAGGGAGCGGGAGUGCGUUGUUCUCUUGCCCGAGCAGGAGCAGCUCCUGGGCCAGCAGUUGCCGCCACCCCGACUUUCGUUCCAGUUGAGGCUCCUCCCGGGCAACAUGUCAAAAGCCGCCACCGCUACAGCUGCCGCCGCCACCUGGGGAAGAGCAGCAGCGGCGGCGGCGGCGGCGGCGGCUGCGGGCGCGCGGGGGCAAUAAGCCGAACGACUCCGGCGUCCCGCGGGCCAGGGAACCCUCUCCGCGCUCACAGCUCCGGCGGGCCCCGCGCCAUGUGCUGAGCCAUGUCCCUCGCCGCGCCCCCGGGCUGCGCAUGGGGCAGCGCCUGAGCGGCGGCCGAUCCUGCCUCGAUGUCCCCGGCCGGCUCCUGCCGCAGCCGCCGCCGUCCCCGCCACCGGUGAGAAGGAAGCUCGCGCUGCUCUUCGCCAUGCUCUGUAUCUGGCUCUACAUGUUCCUGUACUCGUGCGCCGGCUCGUGCGCCGCCGCGCCGGGGCUGCUGCUGCUGGGCUCGGGGUCCCGCGCCGCCCACGCCCCGCCAGCCCUGCCUCCGGGUCCCGAUGGGACUGCCCCCAGGCUGCCGUUCCAGGCGGCGCCGGCCACCCCGCAGGCUGCGGGCAAGGAGCCGGCCGAGGGCGCCGCGAGCCAGGAGGAGCAGAGUCCCGAGACGCCGGACUCCCCCAGCUCCAUCUCCAGCUUCUUCAGUGGGUCCGGGAGCAAGCAGCUGCCGCAGGCCAUCAUCAUCGGCGUGAAGAAGGGCGGCACGCGGGCUCUGCUGGAGUUCCUGCGCGUGCACCCCGACGUGCGCGCGGUGGGCGCCGAGCCCCACUUUUUCGACCGCAGCUACGACAAGGGCCUCGCCUGGUACCGGGACCUGAUGCCGAGGACCCUGGAGGGGCAGAUCACCAUGGAGAAGACACCCAGUUACUUCGUCACCCGCGAAGCGCCCGCGCGCAUCUCGGCCAUGUCCAAGGACACCAAGCUCAUCGUGGUGGUGCGGGACCCGGUGACCCGAGCCAUCUCGGACUACACGCAGACGCUGUCCAAGCGGCCCGACAUCCCCACCUUCGAGAGCUUGACGUUCAAGAACCGCACGACGGGCCUCAUCGACACGUCGUGGAGCGCCAUCCAGAUCGGCAUCUACGCCAAGCACCUGGAGCACUGGCUGCGCCACUUCCCCAUCAGCCAGAUGCUCUUCGUGAGUGGGGAGCGGCUCAUCAGCGACCCGGCCGGCGAGCUGGGCCGCGUGCAGGACUUCCUGGGCCUCAAGAGGAUCAUCACCGACAAGCACUUCUACUUCAACAAGACCAAGGGCUUCCCCUGCCUGAAGAAGGCCGAGGGCAGCAGCAAGCCGCACUGCCUGGGCAAGACCAAGGGCAGGACCCACCCCGAGAUCGACCGCGAGGUGGUGCGCAGGCUGCGCGAGUUCUAUCGGCCAUUCAACUUGAAGUUCUACCAGAUGACCGGCCAGGACUUCGGCUGGGAUUGAUCGGCCCUGGGGCCGUGUGAUUUACCACUUGGCUUAUGUAUCGAGAGAGGUUAUAUGUAUGUAAAAUGUACAGAAAUCUAUUUUAUAAUAAUUUAUUUUUAAUUCAUAAGCAAUUAACUCACUCAGCUGCCUAGCCACACUCUUUAGAGAGUUAGUUUCAUAAUCUGUCAACAUUCCAAAGUGUUUAAUCUUUUCUUUUCCUCAUGAUUGAUGGUGCUUCCAACCCCCGCCCCCCGUCCCGCCCCAGCCCCUACCCAUUCUAUUUAAAGAGAAGAAAAGCACAACUUGAGAUUUUUGUUGUUACGGGUAUGCAGCCUUCAAUCGCUGUCUGAAUUCACUUGCCAUCUCCCUGUGUCUUGGGUCUUAUAAUCCAGCUUCCGGUCCUCCCUCCCUGCCCGCGUACCUCGUAGGAGCGCCCAGCUGCCCCAGCAGCUUGGCUCCCUCAAGGUCAUGUCUCAUGUAGUAGCCUCUCCUGCCCGUGUGUCGACAUUUCAAAGGACGUCGAGGCAAGACCACAGCACUAGGCUUUUCCCCCCAAGUCUACUCAGCUCGCGGGGGAGUCACUACCUUUGUAGGGACAUGUGCCUCCUCUCUGGAGUCUGCGUCCCAGGGUCCGUUUACUUCAGCUUAUGAUUUUGAGAGAGAGCCCUGCGUCCUCUCCUGCCCCGGUCCCUGGUUCUUGAAGCAGCUUGAAGUGUAUGCAGAUGUUAUAGCCCCUCUUUCCCAGGUCACGUGUGUGAGAUGCUUGGGUGCUGCUUUAGAACUAAAGACGACCUCUCCUUUGCACGAGUGCACCAUGCUCGGUCCUCCAGGCAGACAGUUCUGCUCUGACACACCAAAGAAUCCCCUAGGCUAGCAGAACCAUUGGCACAAACCCACGGGUGCCGGGUGUCAAGACCCGGAGGGGUCAGGUGCAUCCCACGCCCUCAGAGCCCCCUCAAGGUGCUGCUGGGUGCCGAGCCAGCCCAUGUGGGGCACAUCCCAGUACUAGAUGGACCACCUCAGUGGGGAGAAAAGCCAAAAUAGCACCAGAAGGACGGGCGGCCCGGCAGAAGAAGCAAGUCCCUGGCCCCCUGCUUGAUGUCUGGAAUUCGCCUCCUUGGAAUUCCUAGCUCAUCACAGACUGACAAGACAGUCUGUCGCCAACAACCAGACAGCGAGCACCAAGAGUGGCUCUUGAACAGACAGGCUGGGGGAAGAAAGUUGUUGACUGGCAGCCGCCGAGCCUAACCAUUAUGAAGAUGUCCCUUGUUUGAGCUAGGUCCCAGGAGAAGGGUCUCCAGCAUCGUCGCUGCUGAUGCAGAAUGCCUUCCCCUCCAUCCCUCUCUUGAGAGAGCAGUUAGAGAUUAUUUUUGACGGCUAGCUUGUGGCAGUCGGGGUCACCAUAUAGCAAUAUUACAGAAUGAACACGUUCACUUUAUCCUGUUUUCUAAACCAGAAUGCUUCUACCAUAGAAGAAUUUUCAUUUGAGUUAUAGUUGCACCAAGGCUUAUGUGGGAAGACACACGUUGUCCAAAUGGUUGGGGUGUGAGAUUUACGAAGACAGUUUUCAUUUGAGUUAUAGUUGCACCAGGGCUUAUAUGAGAAGAGACACACAUUGUCCAGAUGGUUGGGGUGUGAUAUUUACGAAGACAAGAAUUUUCAUUUGAGUUAUAGUUGCGCCAAGGCUUAUGUGGGAAGACAUACACUUUGUCCAGAUGGUUGGGGUAUGGUAUUUACGAAGACACUUUUGUACAUUGGAUGGGAUAGAACUUACCCCGUUGAGCAAGAGAACUUGUAUGAAAAGAGAGAGAAAUAAUUCAUCUUUCAAAACUGAUCACGAUGUCACCGGUCCUAGAGUGAUGCCUUGUUUGGUAAUUGGUUUGUAUUCGCCCACGAGUUUGAGCCCAGACUUAGCUCGCUCACACUGAGCAGCAAAACAAUCAGGAUCAUCGUGUAGGUUCUCGGCAGGAAGAUGGGCACUGAGGCUCCAGGCGUUAUUCCUCAGAUGGCUCCGUUCAUUUCAGAGCUUAACGACUGCCUCUACCAAGUAGUACAGAAGCUGCCUUUAGGGGAAUGCCAUAAUCCUAGCGUGGUUCUCUCCCUUCUUGCUGCUUGGGCAUCGAGACAUCUGCAUUAGGGUGCUAAGGGGUUGUACGUUUUUCCGGUCAGAAAGCUCAUUUGUAAUAAAACGGAGGAUGCCUCUUUCCAGUUACAAGGUAACAUCACUCAAAGUAAAAGCCAGGAUCCACGACCUCCACAGAACCCUGCCCCGACCACUUUCUGGCCUCUUUCACGCCCCGAUAGGACUCAUGAUGUAGAAGUGCAGAAAAAGUGCAGCGAAGGGUAUGCGACAAGGCAGUAGGAAAACAUGCAUGCGCUUUUCCUUCCCCUUUGGGUCCCUGUUGUCUUUCCAAGCUGGACAGGUUUGAUUAAGUUGUUUAUUCCCUGCCUUACAACUGAAACAGGAAAUCUCCAGAUAGAAGGAGGGUCACUGAGUCAUGAACACUGAAGUGAGUCAGGAUUCUAUUCUGGGUCAAAUCCUCGAAUCCAAACAGAUGUUGAUAAUUGGCAAGGACAGACUAGAACACGUUUUCCUGUAGAAGAUAAAUAAAUGAAAGCUUCCAUGCAUCUCUUCAUAGGGGUCUGAUAGCUUACAGUUCGCGACCCAGCCAGACGUGGCAUUUGCCCCACGGUUACACCCUGUCAUGUGAUAGUUAUUAUUGAGCCGGGGUGCAUAUGUCCUCCUGCAGAAGCUAGGCAACACGUACAAUUCAGCCUUGAGUUUCUUCCUGUUCUAGCAAUCUCCAAGGCCACCGGCUCGAGUUCUUAGCUGCUAGAAGACAAACACCGGUUCGUGUUUUGGCACUUUGUCCCUGUGCACGCUUUGGGUUUUUUCCAGUUUACAGGAAAAACUCUUGAUAAUUCACUGGGGGUACUUUAUCCCUCUCCGUUUCAUUUGCUUGUUAAAAACAAAAAGGUUAACAAACAAAAAUAAGAAAUUGGAAGUUUUUAUUGCCCCGGUCUACCCCCGUGCUUGCUUUGAGCUGUUCGGUAACUUGGGAGGUGGUACCUGGAAAGGUAUUUAGGUAUAGUGACUGCAUAAUAAAUACUUGGAUGACAGAGGAAGAGACGUUGUCUUUUUCAUGGGAUUCUCUUUGGAAGUCAUUUUGAGUGACAGAUAGAUUUUAGGCCUUUGGAGAAACAGUUUCAGAUCCUGCCAGGAUAUUUACAUAAGAAAGGAAAAUGGAAGGUUCCAGUAGACUAGAAAUACUUAGCGUGUAUCUCAAACGCUGACACAGACGUCUGUCAUUUUUCUUUUUCAGUUUCUCAAGAAGGAUGGUCAAUUAAACUGAAAGGUGUGGUUAGAUUUUUUUUUUCACUUUUGUAACAUUAAUUUAUGACUGAGUUCAUUCAGCCCAGUAAUCUGAAAUACGGUGCAAAUUCUAGCCGUGUGUCUUCUAUAACCUGGAUGUUAGAAUAGCCAAUAUGUACAAAAAGAAUUAAAACAAGUAUUUUGUCCUAUGUAUAACACAAAUUAAUUUUACACAGAGAAAGAUGUUUCUAGGAAAAAGAAAUUCUGGUAAUUCAUACUAUUUCUUUGUAUG